CCUCUGCCUUUACAGGAUGUCACAUGCGACUGGAAAGCAUGUCGAAGUUCGCUAAAACCGUAGAAGCAGUAUUUUCAUAGAAAGCACUGAAGAUACAGCAUAACUCUUGUCGAGAAACCUUAGCUACUUCUGGUUCGCCAUGGGUUUGACCAAGCAGUAUCUGCGCUAUGUGGCGAGCGCUGUGUUUGGAGUGAUCGGCAGUCAGAAGUCCAACAUCGCGUUUGUGACUCUGAGGGGUGGCGAGAAGGGUCGAUAUGUCGCUGUAGGUGCCUGUGAACAUGUGUUCAUAUGGGAUGUGCGCAAAGCUGAGAAGGUUCUUAUUCUUGAAGGUAAAAAGCAUGAGGUGACAUACCUGUGUCCCUCUCCUGAUGGUGUUCACAUAGCAGUGGGUUAUGAAGACGGAGGUGUGCGCAUCUUUAGUCUACAGAAUGGUGAAAGCAACAUUUCCUUCAGUGGACACAAAUCGGCCGUAUCAGCCAUGCGAUAUGAUGCACUGGGCGCUCGACUUGUCACCGGCUCAAGGGACACAGAUGUGAUUGUGUGGGAUAUCAUCAAUGAAUGUGGUCUGUACAGACUCAAAGGACACAAAGAUGCAAUCACACAAGUUUUGUUCUUGGAGAACAAAAACCUGCUGAUUACAAGCUCCAAAGACAGUUUUGUGAAGUGGUGGGAUCUGGACACACAGCAUUGCUUUAAGACCAUGGUGGGACAUCGCAGUGAGGUAUGGGGAAUGGUCCUUCUCAAUCAGGAGAAUAGAUUGCUAACAGGGUCUGCUGACAGUGAGCUGAGAGCUUGGGAUAUUCAGUACAUGGAGAAGGGAAAAGAAGUGGGGGAGCCACAGGAAAAGAAAGUCAAAACUCUUCUUGAUGAUGUCGAGGAUGAUGAGGGUCUUGAUGAAGAGCCUGAAGAACGGAUCCUCAGCUGUAAGAAAGCUGGUUCUGUUCUGAGGGAAGCCAGAGACAGGGUUGUAUCCUUGAUAACGGAUGCAAAAGCUAAAGUACUAGCAUGCCAUGGUCUGGAUGCUACUCUUGAGAUCUUUACGGUGCUGUCAGAGGAGGAGAUCCAGAAAAAGAUGGACAAAAAACUAAAGAGGGCAAAGAAAAAGGCCAGGUCUCAGGAAGGAGGAGAGGAGACACCUGAGCCUGUGGUGGAGAGAAAGUUGAGUGACGAGAUCCAAAAACUGGCAAACGUAAAGGCAUCCUCCAAGAUCAGGUCAAUGGACUGCCUUCGGGCUCCUAAUGGAGAAAUGAAGGUUGCUCUUUUACUGCAGAAUAACACAGUAGAAACAUAUACCAUCAAGACUACUGAGAAGAAUCCAACUGGCACCAAGACCUUUUGGCUCACGCUGAGUGGUCACCGCACAGAUGUCAGAACGCUGGCCUUCAGCUCAGAUAAUAUUGCUAUUCUCUCCGCCUCUGGAGAAACGGUCAAAGUGUGGAACAGGUCUACCUUGCAAGUAAUUCGUACCAUGGGAUGUGAAUAUGCCCUCUGCUCCUUGUUUGUACCUGGAGACAGACAGAUCAUAUUGGGAACAAAGAGCGGGAAGAUUCAGAUUUUUGACCUGGCCUCAGGCAGCCUUCUUGAGACAGCUGAUGCCCAUGAUGGAGCUCUUUGGUCCAUGUGUCUCUCUCCAGAUCAGAGGGGGAUUGUCACUGGGGGUGCAGACAAGACUGUGAAAUUCUGGGACUUUGAACUCAUAAAGGAUGAGGACUCCGGGAAGAACAAGAGGCUGACAGUGAAACACACACGUACCCUGCAGUUAGAUGAAGAUGUGCUCUGUGUGCGCUAUAGUCCUGACCAGAGAUUGCUGGCUGUGUCUCUUCUCGACUGUACAGUCAAAAUAUUUUACACAGACACACUAAAGUUUUUCUUGUCAUUAUAUGGACACAAACUGCCCGUUCUGUGCCUGGACAUUUCACACGACAGCGCUUUAAUUGCCACAGGCUCAGCUGACAGAAACGUGAAGAUCUGGGGUUUGGACUUCGGAGACUGUCAUCGUUCAAUGUUUGCACAUGACGACAGUGUCAUGUUUCUUCAGUUUGUCCCCAAAACCCAUCUGUUCUUUACUGCGGGAAAGGACAGGAAGAUCAAGCAGUGGGACGCCGACAAGUUUGAGCAUAUCCAGACGUUGGAGGGUCACCAUCGUGAGGUCUGGUGCCUGGCCAUCAGUCCCAGUGGAGACCACAUCGUCUCCUCGUCUCAUGAUAAGUCCCUCAGGCUGUGGGAGAGAACAAGGGAACCCAUUAUCCUGGAGGAAGAGAAGGAAAUGGAAAGGGAAGCAGAGUUUGAAGAGUCGCUGGCUAAAGGUGAUGAUCCAGUGGUCCCUGGAGAGACCAAAGGAGAGGCAGAGCCCGCUGGGAAAAAGACCAUAGAGACAGUGAAAGCUGCGGAGCGUAUAAUGGAGGCUCUAGAGCUCUAUAGAGAGGAAAGUAAAAAGCUGGAGGAGCACAGAGCUGCUUGUGAGGCAGCGGGGAAAGAGUUACCACCCCUUAAGAUGAACCCAAUCCUCAUGGCUUAUGGAAAUAUCUCACCCUCUCGUUAUGUUCUGGAAGUGAUGAAGAAAGUUCGGUCCAGUGAGCUGGAGGUGUCUCUACUGGUGUUGCCUUUUCCCUAUGUCCCUGAUCUGCUGCGCCUCUUCAACAGUUAUGUACAGCAGGGUCUGGAGGUGGAGCUAGUGUGCCGCUGCCUUUUCUUCCUCCUCAGAAUCCACUUUGGUCAGAUCACCAGUAAUCAGAUGCUGCUGUCAGUCAUUGAUGAGUUAAGGACCAACACAAUCUCUAAAGUGCGAGAGAUCAGGGAUGUCCUGGGCUUCAAUAGCGUUGGUCUUCAGUUUCUGCAACGUGAGAUCGAGAGCAAAGAGGAUGUGAUGUUUUUUGCUGAUGCUACAGACCAUUUCGAGGAGAAGAAGAGAAAGAGGAGGAAACGUGAAAGAGCUAUUCUAACAAUUGCAUGAAACGAUGUGUCAAAACUACAGCUCAGCCGCAUCUCCCAACUGUUAUAACAGACCCCUUUGCUUUGUGCUGAUACGAUCCUCAAGACGUGACAUUCUGGCAAUGUUUUUAUGAGUAUGUAAUUUGUACCUGUCUGAAGUCCAUAAAAGUAUUUCCUACAAGUUA